AUGAUGAAGAGUGAAAGCCCCAACAUCAAAAGUUGUGGGAGUUGCUCGAGUGAUUCCGUCAAAAAUUGGGAGGGUAGGCUGUGUUUUUGUGGGAAACAAGCUAGGGUGUAUACUUCAUGGACGCUCAAAAAUCCUGGAAGAAGGUUCUAUACGUGUUCAACACCUAAGGAGAUUCAAGGCUGCCACUUCUUCGAAUGGAUUGAUGAAGGAUUUAGUGGAAGGGCUUUUGAUGUGAUCACACAUUUGAAUCACAGGAGGAUUUUUUUGGAGGAAAAACUGAAACAUGUUGAAGAAGAUUUGGAGGAAAACAUUGAGAAAAGAAGAACUCUAAAGGAUGAGAAGCUACAACUAAUUGAUGGGAACAAGGCCUUUGAAGCUGAUCUGAAAUUGAUUAGGAGUGGUGUUAAUGUCGUUCUAGAUGUAGUAGAUGUAGUAGAUGUGGAGUUGAUGGCAGGUAGGUGGUGGUGUUAA